AUGGCUCGUACUGAUUAUCAUUGUGGUGGUGAGCCGGUGGUUCCGGCUUCAAAAGGACGACUUUCCAGCGACUCCCUGAUACGAUCCUUGACUAAGAAGGAUGCCCGCUCCAUGUCGAGGGCUGGAACGGAGGCUUCUUGGGCCUCUAAAGGCGUUGCAUCUCAAUCAGAUCUAGAGGGCGUUUUUGCGCCGGCUCCAUUUCCUGAAUACUCCGAUGCCCAGUCAUCUGGGUACAGGGACCACGACUCGACCACUUCAACCAAAGUUCCCUCCAACGUGACGCCUAGCGAACCAUGGAGCUUGACCCCCAGCGAAUCGUCCGAAGCGCUAGACUAUCGCUCUAAGAGCAAGCACAUCAAGCCCAAAGUUCACAUCAAACCGAUACUCCGCAAAAUGUCGCGUGAUGAUGCGCCGUCCACGUCCAUUGAUCUGUCCCGCUCCUCAACUGAGCAGGAAGGGCUGGGCAUCUACAUGAGUAUGGAGCGGGAUCGGCGCCGAAGUGAAUCGCUGACCGGACCGACAUACCGGCGGGCGUCCGGUCUUCAUAAUCGAUCCACGAGCGGAACUUCUCAAUUCUCGACCGGAACCGGGUCCAGCGGAGGUAGAACAGGAUCGCAAUAUGUCUAUCCCAUGCGCCCAACCCCCAAAGUAUAUACACCACCAUUGAGCCAAUCUUAUCAAACAUCGGGGAACGACAGCGAUGAUUUAGACGAGGCCAGUUCUGAGUCCGAAUCCAGAGCCCCGCCUGCGUCAGACACUCCCCGUUUUGUCCGUGCUUCUUCGGGACCGGUUCCACGCUUGUCAUUGCAAAUUGAAGAUGACUCUUUCAUUCACCUCCCAGAAGUUUCGUCCACACAUCUUCCCAGCCGACCUUCCUUCGGUUACUCAAGAGAUAAUGGCAGUACACUGGAUACCGCAUCGCCGAUUUCUAGGCCUUCUCUUGACUACGUGUUUCGCUCACGAACUCGCACCAGUACGGAUCCGGUCUCCAGGGCGGCUACCGUCCAGGCUGCCCGACAGGCGUUCGAAGAAAAGGAAGCUGCUAAGGCUCGCCGGCUUGAGAAACAGCAGAUGAAGUCCGAAGAAAGACGUCGCCGGGUCAAGCACAACUUGCCGGGAGGCCAUGACGACUCUCCAGCAGUGCAAUCCACCGAGAAUGUUUCUGAGAAACCCUCUCAACCGCGUGCCUCACAGGGAAUUGAGGCGGACAGGCAACCAUCGGCUUCAUGGAAAUCCCAAUCCAAAAGCACUUGGGUACUCUUCAUGACCUGGCUCCGAACCCGGGUGUUCAAAUUCCGACGAAAGCUGCGAAAGGUGAACUGA